UGCAUGGUGGGAAACACUCAUCACAAUGUUACAGAGCAGGACACACUUUAACUAAGACUAUCCCAAAGUGAAAGCACAAAGCUGAGUUACAGGUUCCACACUGCACAGUGAAAAGUCAUUUUGUACACAAGAAGUGAUUGGGAGGAAUUGGAACCUCGACUGAUGGCAUCUUCAUCUUCUGAUCACAAUGCAGCCGCAUCAAGUUGUGUUUUCUCACCAGGUCCUGAACACUUCUGAUUGGGUUUCUCCUGCAGGCAGGGAGGGAGAAUGCUAUAAAAACACCUGAACAUGGAAUGUGCAACACAGACCUGGAACACUUGCACUCAUUUCUCACCUCUGAAAAAGACAAGAUUAAGGAAAUCUUACACCUAGCGUCUGAAUCUCAUCCUGAAGACGUCCUUCUGUCCGAUCUGUUUUAUGCUGCAUUUAUCGCAUCUCUGAGGAACAUCUAGUGGUGCAGGACGGGACCAAGAAGGCAAUGGACCAGUAUCAAAACUAUGAUGAAGGCGCAGUCCAGGACAGAACAUCACAGGAAGUGCUGGAACUCCUAAAAGAGUUCCCGGACGGCGUUCCCCUCAGGAGGCUCUCCGUCUUCUACAGCCAUCGGUACAAACGGAACCUGACCGUGUCAGAACUCGGCUUCUCGUCCAUCAGAGAUCUCGUCGACUCCUUGUCCCACCAUGUGACGGUGGAGAACGAGAACGUCUUUCACAGGAUGCACAGGCCGGAUCCUGGACCGCCAGAACAGCCAAAACAGCCAGAACCGCCACCCGAAGAUCCUUCGCCUUCGAGGACUAGAGCUGGAAUUUCCUUCGGUGUCCGUGGAGCGGCGUAUGUAGGCGCAGUCCAGGACGAAACGUCACAGGAAGUGCUGGAACUGUUAAAAGAGUUCCCGGGCGGCGUUCCCCUCAAGAAGCUGUCCACCUUCUACAGCCAGAGGUACAAACGGAACCUGAUCGUGUCCGAACUCGGCUUCUCAUCCACCAUAGAUUUCAUCAACUCCCUGCUGGACCAUGUGACGCUGGAGAAGAAGAAAGUCUUUCACAAGACGCACCGGCCGGAUCCUGGACCACCAGAACCGCCGCCCGAAGCUCCUUCAGCUUCAGGGACUAACCCCGGAACGUCCAGCGGUGCCGGUCCCGGUGCAGUGCCUGUCAAAGCUCAGAUGACCCAAGAGGAGCUGCUGGACAAGGUCAAAGAGGUCAUCAGGGUCUACCCGGCCGCCGCCACCUGCAUGAUGGAGCUGCAGAACGGAUAUUUCCGGCUCUUCGGAUCCAUCCUGCCGCUGGCUCUGUACAUCUCUCUGUACGGCAACCAGACCAGCCAACAGCAACCAGCAGCUGCGAACCCACAACCUGCGUCGGUGAAAAAAACAGCGGAAGAUUCUCCUCGCUGGCACCUCACGCCCACGCCCGCUCUCACGCCCACGCCCGCUCCCACCGCAACUCCUGCUCCGAGCUCUGGUCCGUCGCUGAUGGACUUCCCACUUCUGGGUACCAAACGUUCCAGAGCCGAGGAGAGGAGAUCGAGGGAAAGCUCAGAGGGGAGAGCCAUGCUGUUCCACGAGGCGCACCACGCCCAGCUCAGAGAGGUGCACGGGGAUAACGUUCGGGCCCUGGAGGCUCUGGAGGACCAGGACAAUCUGGGGAGGGGAAGUAAGAGGUUCAGGAACAGGGAUGAAGUGAACAGCCUGGUGGAGGAUGCCGUCAGGGACAUGGCCGCUCAGGGAGAACACGUCACCACCGAGAAGGUGGAGAGUAAGGUGUGCACGCUCCUGCAGGUGUACUCCCUGUCUGCGCUGGGCAUCGACUCGCGUAAGCCGUUACCUGCUCUGAUGGAACUCAAGCGCACCAUUAAGGAGAUCAACCUUUUCAUUCAGUCGGUCGAGGCGGUCUGCUCCAUGUGCACCCUCUACGAGCUCGGUCAGUCCAUCGCCGGCCUCAAGAACAAGAAGCGCUUCGAGGAGCUCCACCUCGGGCCCCUCUGCAAGUUCCCGCUGGUCCACCGGCUGUUCAAAACAGAACCCAACACCAAAGACGACGACAUUCACCAGAUCGAGACCGUAGAUCUGCUCAGGAGUCUCCGUAACUACAGGAGAAAACACAGCGCAGUGAAGAUCGACCUCGCCGAAUUCCUGCAGCACCUCGCAAACCAGCACGACUGCGAGUCUCCGUACGAGCUCGGCAUCAGGAUCCAGAGCGUCGGCCUGCCUAUCUCGACCCUGAAGAAGGCGUCUUCAGCCGAGUACGUGUACCUGGACCGAGCCAGAGAAGCCAUUCAGAAGGAGAUCGAAGAGGAGGUGCAGAGUAAGCUCUACAAGAUGAAGAAGGCUCUGAUGGAGCCGGCACAGGGGGCGCCGCUCUACUCCUCCUCAGGCAGCGUGGAGCUCAGGAGGAAAUACGCCAACGUGACCGCCGCCGAGGCCGUCCUCGAGGUUUUCACCAACGCCGUGGGGGUCUUCAGUCCCAGGAUGACCAAGAGGGUCCAGGACUUCCUCAUGUGUGUUUCGGGGGACAGGCUGUCCCGCACCCUGUUCCAGCUGGCCAUCUGUGGAGGUUCUCUGGCCGUACCCAAUGAUCUGGCACCGAAGGAGAAUCCCCAAAAACAAGCCCAGGAACGGAGAUCAGCCGCCGAGAAAUCAGCCGAGGCGCCCCCUACUGAAGCGGAGGUGAAGCGGUACUUCCAGGAGUGUUUGUCCAGCUUUGUGGGCUCGGUGAACCUGCUGUACCUCUGCCGGCUGGAGAAGAAGCUGAGCGAGCACUUCAGGUGCCAGGAGUUUGGGCGACUGCAGCAGGGAUCAUUUCUGGACUUCCUGUGUAAGAACCUGAAGAUUCUCCAGGAUGCUACAGGGGGCGCUUUAGCCAUCGGCAGUCAGGAGAUCCAGACGUACGCCGCCAGGCCGAGCCGCCAGGACGUGCUGGAGUUUAUUAAGCAGUGUGGGGACGCCGAUCCUGCUCGGCUGCAGUUCGUGGAGGCGGCGCUCAGGAGUCAGUUCAGGGUUCGAGACAGCAGAGAGCUGGGCUACGGGAAACUCGGCACCUUGGCAGACUUUGCCCAGCGUCAGAAAAAGCUGAACGACGAGGGCAGUGUCAGCACGGUGCGCUACGAGUGCCCCCUGCUGCCCAAAGAGCCGGGGGACCUGCUGGGGGCGACCGUCGGGUUGCUAGGGGAGGUGACCAGGCAGCAGGCCGUGGCCAGUCUCCUCACGGCUCCUCUCCUGCAGGACCUGGCUGAGUGGAGUCAGUGGGAGCUGGUGUUCCAGCCCAAUCAUGGAGCCCUGAAACACUUCAUCGACCGACACUGCGGUAACACCGACCUGUUGGCUCUGGAAGUUUCUCCCGGAGUUCUGCUCAGGAUCACCUCCCUCACCGGUGAUAAGUUCUUCGCCGAAGCCGCUCAGGCCCUGAACCCCGCCGCCACAGCCGGUCACCUGGUCUCCAUUGUGGUGGCUGAUGGGAUAUCCAACACCCCCACGGCGCUGCUGGCCAAUCACAUGGAGAGCUCACUAGCAACAGCGGUCGCUAAAGAAGCCGCCCCCCUGGGUGAAGACGAGAGCUCCUAUAGCACCGUGACCCGGUUCCUGCUGGAGUGUGUAACUCUGAUGCCCACAAGAAUCUGUAAGGAGCUGCUGCAGCAGGUGUUCCUGGAACCGCUCUCCAGGGUCCUGGGCCAGGCCAGGUCUAAAGCCGUGCUGCUGGACGCCGCCCGGUCCGACAGCAGGUACCUGAACAAGCUCCAUCAGCUGGGCAUCUUGCUGGGCAUCACCGAGUGGGUGAGGGACUUCCAUACCAAACUCACCGUACCAUCACCGCCAGAGGUGCCCUCAAACCUGACCAAGAACCUGAAGGAGAACGUCAUGAGCGACUCCAUGAGAUCGUCCACGCUCAGUCUGGCCGACAGCGAGGAUCUGUUAGAGGCCGCUAGUCAGCCGGACACUAACGGCAGCACCAGCAACGACCCCGCCGACGACGUAGGCGACGACGCGGACGAAGAUCUCUUCGAGCUGGCGGUAGCGGAACCCCGCGAGGACGACGGUAGCGCCGGGGGGCGUGAGGAGGGCGGGGAGGAGGAGGACGAGGAUGAAGAACCUCACGACGGACACGCUGACGAGGAGACAGACGCCGAUGAGAACCAGAGUCAGCAAAGAGUUGUCAUCGAGGACAUCAGGAAGAGUGAGUUCGGUGUGGGCGUGGAGCUGAACGAGGAGGGUCAGAACCUCAUGAGGAAGCACCAGGCGAGGCUCGGGCGGAGUCUGGAGCGCCUCUCCACCGAACUGUACAGCAAAGACACGCACUUUGUUCUGGAGCUCAUUCAGAACGCCGAUGAUAACAGCUACCCGGACGGCGGCGGCGUGGACGAACCCGCUCUGGCCUUCGUGGUGCAGAGAGAUUCCAUCACCGUCCUGAACAACGAGUGCGGGUUCGAGGAGAGAAACGUGCGCGCCAUCUGCGACGUGGGCAGAAGCACCAAGGGAAAACACACCUUCGGCUACAUAGGGCAGAAAGGCAUCGGCUUCAAAUCGGUCUUCAAAGUCACCGACCGUCCCGAGAUCCAGUCCAACGGCUUCCACAUCCGAUUCGACAAGACCAGCGGCCCCAUGGGAUACAUCCUGCCUCACUGGGUGGAGGAGAACAUGCCAGUGCUGGCUGUCACGAAGGAGAUGACUGAGAAAAGCUGGACCACCAAGAUCCUCCUGCCCCUGAGAUCGGAGAGCUGUCCCACCAAGAACCUCUUCCAUGACGUGCACCCCUCGCUCCUGCUCUUCCUCCACCGCCUGCGCUCCAUCACCAUCCACAGCGAGGCCGAGAGGAGAACGGUGUCCAUGACCCGCCGAGAUCUGGGCAACGGAAUCCUAGAGGUGGAGCACACAGGGGGCGUGGAGCGCUGGCUAGUGGUCAAGAAGAGACUCUACCCAAAAAAGAUCAAAGACGGCGUGGAAUCCACGGAGCUGGCGCUCGCCUUCCAGCUGAGCGACAGAUCCGAGUGUGACGUGAAGCUCCAGCCGCGACAGCAGCCCGUCUUCGCCUUCCUGCCCCUGAGGAGCUUCGGCUUCCGCUUCAUCGUUCAAGGAGAUUUUGACAUUCCCUCGUCCAGAGAGGACGUCGACCGGGACAGUUCCUGGAACCAGUGGCUCCGAUCCGAAAUCCCAGAGCUCUUCCUGCAGGCCAUGGUUGUGUUCACUAAACACCCCGAGUUCAGCGGUCUGGCCGGACUCCGUCACUUCCUGCAGUUCGUCCCUCAGACGAGUGAAAUUCUGGACUUCUUCAGCCCCGUGGCCACUAAGAUCAUCCAGCUGUUGAAAGGGGAGCCGUGCCUGCCGACCAGAGUGAACCGGGAGGGCGUGGUGGAGUUCAAGCUGCCCUCCCAGGUGGCCGUGUGCCCGGACCCUCUGGUCCAGGACGUGAUCGGAGAGGAGGAGCUGCGUCAGCACCUGAACCUGUCCUACCUGCACCCGGCGCUGCAGUCGGCCCCCUCGUCCCUGCUCGCCGCCCUGGGCGUCCAGCGGCUGAAGGCUCCCAGCAUCCUCACCGUCGUCUGCGCCAUGGCCCGGAGUCUGGUACAGCAGGGUGACGUUCACUCAGAUGCCAGUCUGAAGAAGCUGGCCCGGCUGCUGGCGUGUAAUUUCCGUGCUCUGGAGUCGGAAUUCGGCGAGGUGGAUAACCUGCUCCAGUCUCUCCGAGAGGUUCCCAUGAUUCCUCUGGCAGACCAGCGUGUGGUCGCUCUCAGCACGGAGGGGGUUUUCUUUCCUCUGGGCGACAGCUCUGACAAAGGUCUGGGCCCCCUGUACCGGGACCUGAGCAUCGUGGAGCCGCGCCUGCUGACAUGUCUGGACGAGCUGGGGAACUCUCAGGUGCGCGAGCUGCUCCGCCGGCUGCAGGUUCACGAGCUGGAGCCCGAGCACGUCCUGCAGCAGCACAUCUACCCCAUCCUGAGGAACGCCGCCUGGAAGGACAAGCCGACGGACGUGGUGGUCAGCUACGUGGUGUUUAUGAAGGAGCACUCUCAGGAGCACGACUGCAUGGUUCUGAGGGCGUCCAUCCCUGCUCUCACCAACAAGGGCUUCCUCUGCCCCACCCAGAGCAAAGUGCACUUCUCCAAAGCGUACGGGAACAUGGACCUGCCCGUCCAGCUCCCUGGUGUGGACUGGGUCCUGCUGGACUCGUGUUACCUGCAUGCCAGCAGCGACGUUUCAGGAUGGAGGGAUUUCUUCAGCCAGCUCGGAGUGAAGGAUCUUCUGAUCUUCAGGAAGGAGCGGCGUACCUAUAAAGCUUCAGAGCUGGCCUCCAGUGCGUGGGCUGUAGAGGGAGCGCUGUGGCCUAAACCUGCGGACGGCGUGUACACGAUUGAGGAUCAGCACUGUGAGGAGCUGUGCUCACUGAUCACCGCAGAUCAGCUUCCUGCUCCAGUGAAACUUCAGCAGCGACACGCCCUGAUCGACCUCCUGCAGAACAACUGGGACUCUGGAGAGAAGUACGCCCAGUACGUCAGCGCUCGGGUCCUGGACGGCCAGGGACGCCCACUGAGAGACGCCAAGUCUUCGUUCUUCCACCAGCUCACCCAGUCCGCGUGGGUGCCCGCCUACAAGCCCGCGCAGGACGGGCGGCACGCUGUGAGCUACCUGUGCCCCAACAAGGUGUAUUCAGCUUCCGAGGAGGUGCACGGCCUGCUGGGAUCUCACGUCCACUACAUCGACGUGCCGUCCAGCGAAUUCUCCAGAGCUGUAGGAAUUAAAUACCGAGUGCUGGUGGAUGAGAUGAUCAGCUACCUGAAGCGCUGGUGCACCAAGGAGACGGACGGCGGCGAGGCCGAGGGCGCCGAUUUCGUCACCACCGUGCAGCACAUCCAUAAAGUCUACAGCUACCUACAGGCCGAGUGCUCGUCCGGCCAGCUGAAGGAGCUGUUCCAGCACUCGCCCGCCGUCUUCAUCGAGUACGACAGGAAGGACGACUGGUGUUCCGGACACUUCUACCACCUGAAGGACGUGUGCUGGAGCGACCCUACCGGCAUGUUCGUCAGAUACAAGGAGCUGAUCCGCCGAGCCGACAGCGGCGUCCAGGAACCCAGAGUCCUGACUCCGUUCUACAACAGCCUGGACAACAUGAAGGACAUGUUCAGGUCCCUGAACGUGGAGCCCACGCCACACAUGAAGCGGUACGUGGAUCUUCUGGAGCUCGUCUGUGAAUCAUCCAAGGUUUCCACCGCAGAGGUUCUUCAGGACGUCUCCGUCAUAUUCGCCAGACUGGCUGAUAAAUGUAAGAGACCUUCUCACUCAGAUCAGGAUCAGGAUUUCGAGUUAGACCUAAAUUACUGCAGAUCUCUGAAAGAAAUGGUGUCCGGUAAAAGGGUGUUUCCUACCAGGACCCAGGGCUGGGUCACGCUGGGCCGCAAACCCAUGAUCUCCGACAGUCCCAUCCUGGAGAAGAUCUUCAAAUCUUAUGCCGAGGUCUGUUUACUCAACCUACCUGCUGCUCAGAAGAAAACCGUCAACAAACCCAAACAGAGCGGCGUGAGAGGAAAGCUGCACGGCAGCGAGGAGCGUAAGGCCUUCAGCGAGGCGGACCGGGAGCUCUUCCUGGAGAUCUGUGACGUCAAGAGACUCUCGCAGUGCGUCGCCACCGAACCACAGACGGAGAACUACAGACCCUGUCCGGCCGUGCAGACCCUGGUACGCAACCUCAUCCCCUUCAUCCAGAGGUUCAUCUACCACCACGAGGAGCACGGAGAGAUGUACAUGGACCUGCAGGAGAGCGGAAUCGCUCAGGAGAUCAAGUCACUGAGGUUCGGUCAGGUGGGUAAACUUUACAUUUAUUACCGUCUGGAGCAGCCGGACGAGACGCCCAUCCUGGAGAGCGAGGACAUCGUCUGCCUCCUGAAGGACAGGAAGGAGCUCUACAUUCAGAAGGAUCACCUGUCGUCCAAGCUGGCCAUCUGCAGGGAGCUGGUGAAGCUGUUCACCACCGAGAAGAACUUCAUGGAUGAUCUGAAGCACUUCCUCGAAGAACUCGUCAUCCACGUUAACGAUCCACAUGCUUUGAGAACGUUCCUGAAUAAAAAGGGAAUUCAGGAGCUUCCUGAGGGAGAAGAGCAGUGGGAAGUUCCUGCACCUCUGGAGAUUAAACCUGAACCCAUAAUAUCCUCCAUGGUCAGCUUAUCAGGAGCUGCGAGUGCUCAGGAGGAAGAAAUGAACAAGGUGGACGAUGAUACGCUGCACUGCUGGCCUCCCAGAGCUUCACUCAGCAAAACUGGAGGCAACAAAACGGGAACUGGAAGCCAGGCAGUAGAUGCAGUGAUGAAAAUGUGGCCUCCUCCAGCACCCCCAACCUCCUCGGGUCCUCCUGCUCCCUCGUCCUCUCAGCGCAGCUCUGGAGCUGAUAGGAGCUUCUCCAAUGCGAGCGCUCAGGAACGUUCUGCAGAACCAGGAGCUCCAAAUAGUAGUAGUACUGCGGGACCCAGGUCCAGUGGUGGCUUCCAACACUCAGCAGGUCCUUCAGAACCUCAGAGUUCCAAAUCUGCUAAGGUCCAGAAACCAGACGUUCCUCAUGAAGCGGACGCCGGAUCCAGCCAGGAGCCUGUCGAGCCAGUCGUGGACGAGCCAGAGACCAAGAGUGAUCCAGCUCCAGCAGCAGAAGAGCUCCAGCAGCCUCCUCAGGAAGAUCACAAGCCCAUCAAGCCUCCGGAGGUGGUGGCGAGCCAGUUCCAGGGAAGCGUUCCUCAGCGGCCUCCCCUGCCGCUGGACAGCGCGGUGUGGACCAAACCGCUGGCCGGAGAAGCCGGGCUGGAGGACCUGACCUCGGACCUCAGCGUCCCUCAGUCCCUGCUGUUCUCCCAGGAGUACGACGACACGGCCGACAUCGGACUGUGGGGGGAGAAGCUGGUCCACUCGUUCCUCAGCAGCUGGAAGGAGAGCGGCGACGGGCCAGCGGAGAUCCGCUGGUACAACGAGAAAGGCGAGAGCGGCCGGCCGUACGACUUCAGGCUGACCUUCAGCGGCGGCGCCGGCGGCACACGGGAGGUCUACGUUGAGGUCAAGACCACGGUGAAGCACGACAAGCACUUCAUCCAUCUCUCGGCCAACGAGCUGGACUUCGCCCUGAAGGAGAAGGAGAGCUAUCACAUCUACAGGGUGUACGGGGCCGGGGACUCGGAGAGGGUCCGUCUGUGUCGCAUCAAGAACCUCGCCCAGCACCUGCACUCCAAAACUCUGGAGCUCUUUUUAUUUGUGUAGCACAAAUUAUAUUUUAAUUCUUUUUAUAUUUAAAUUUUCUUUUAGAUUGUUAUUAAACCACUUGUGUUUUAGGCUGAGAAAUGUAAAUCACUUCCAGCUCUGUAAGCUGAGCAGCAUUAAAACUUUCCACUGUUUUUAAAAUUUCAAGAUAUUUCAAAAUAUUUUCUCGUCUUUUUAAAUGAAAUGUUUUAUUUUAUUAUUACAAUUAAUUCUGUCUGUGAGGUUUUAAAUUAUUUUAUGCGUCUUAGAUUCGUCCUGACUCCUGUGCACAAAAUAACUGCAAAUAUUUCUUAUAUUACUCACCUGUUUACUGUCAGACUCUCUUAAUUAAACAGUAAAAAAAUGA